AUGUUGAAAAGUCUUCUUGGACGAAGUUUAUUUUUUAAUGCGAAGAGAGGACUGCAGAAGGCGUCUGAUGCGGAGGUAACGAAUAUUUCGGAUAAAUUAUUCUCAAAAAUCCAAUUGGAAGUUCGAGGCCACGACAAAGCAGUGUUGCUGUCUUACACUAACUUUAUUAAGGUAGGUUAUUUUAUUUUUAGAUCUUUUUCCAUAUUUUUUUGUACAAGAAAAACAUCAUAAUUUCAGAAUGCAUGCCAAAAUCUGCAAAUAGAGACGUCUCGUGUCCGCCAUCUGAGGUAUCACAAAUGGAUUCAGCCCCUUCUUCGGGCUAAAUUUGCGAGAAAAAAGUAUAAACUCCAUUAUGAGAUCAGAACCCAGAUCAAACAGGUGGAUAUCUACAAUGUAACUGGAAGCACCUCCUCCACUUUCCUCGAAUAUGCUCAACGAAAUAUCCCUGAGGGUGUAGCCAUGAGAGUAGAUUACAACGAGAUCUGUGCGCUUCCAGAACCCCUCAGGAAAUCAAUCCAAAAUUAG